AUGGAGAAUGAUACGUCCAGUGAGAAUGAUAGUGAGAAUGACUCUCCGGCCAAGAAACCCCGAAAAUUAAAUAAUCAACCCGUAUGUUCCAAUCUAUCAUCACGACGGCACUCUGCCUUUGACGUGAUUACGUUGCGACGCCAAGGUCGUAUGAACCGAGUCUAUCGCAUCCACACACCUCCUCAGUACAACUCGAAUCGACCUCACAAGGUGGCGCUGGCAUUUCACGGUUGGGGUGAAACGUCCUUGAGUUACACCGACCCCGAUUGGUUGCAAGCGGCCGACGAUAACAAUUACAUUCUCGUCAUGCCCGAAGGAAUCCAACAAAGUUGGCGAUUCCCCGGUAGCGCUGAUGGCGUGGGGCGCGAUGGAGAGUCGAUUACGAUCUGUGACUUUCGCAGCAACGGCCCCGACUAUUGCUACGACGGAUGUGCCUGUCGCACACGCUGUGGAUGGACUCAAUGCGUCGACGACGAUGUUCAAUUCGUCGCGGACUUGUUGGAUGACUUGUCACGACACAUUUGUGUCGAUACAACGCGCAUUUACUCGACGGGAAUUUCCAACGGUGCCAUGCUCACGUGGACAUUGGGACAAGAUGCCCGCACAGCACCGCGACUAGCAGGUCUCGCACCCAUGAUUGGGACGCCGCAUCCCGAUUACGCUGUGGGCAAGGCUACUUCCGGUCGAUUGCCGGUGAUUGGGAUUUACGGCAAACGGGAUGACGUGGUGCCUCCGGGUGGUUAUCAAGAAAGUCAAGUGGAAGAUACGGCGGGGUAUUAUUGGAUUCCACCGCAUCGAUUGCACUCCCGGUGGGCAGCCGAUCAUGGAUGUCCCGUUCGUAGUGCCAAUGGGCGAGCUCCGAUUUCGUACGGAACGGGGAGUACCAAUCUGCAAGGCUUUACCGUCUCGUGCCGGUCGCAUUGUCCCAAUGGAGAGAAUCAAGUCCCGUACUCGGUCGACUGUCGAGCCGAUAUGGGGCAUGAAACGCCCGUGUGGAUGAUGCAUGUGGCAUUGCGAUUCUUUGAACAGCAUUUCAUUCAGCAACAAAGGCAACAGCAACGAAACAGAAAUGGUAACUUGUUUGACUAA